GGACGCUCUGAAAUUGUUAGCCGCCAGUUGCCGCAGCAGGGGAGCGGGUGUGGAGAAAGUAGGCUAAAAACGGGAAAAACAUGGAGGCAGAUAUAGUUACAAAUCUUCGACGCAAGCUUAAAGAGGCUGAGGAAGAGCGACUAAAAGCUGCACAGUAUGGUUUGCAGCUAGUGGAGAGCCAAAAUGAACUCCAGAAUCAGUUGGAUAAAUGCCAUAAUGAAAUGAUGACCAUGACUGAGAAUUAUGAACAAGAAAAAUAUACUCUUCAGAGAGAAGUUGAACUCAAGAGUCGAAUGUUGGAAAGUUUGAGCUGUGAAUGUGAAGCUAUUAAACAACAACAAAAAAUAGACCUGGAGAAAUUAGAACAACAACUAAACAGAAGCCAUGGACAGGAAGUGAAUGAACUAAAAAAUAAGAUAGAAAAACUAAAAGUGGAAUUAGAUGAAGCUAGGCUUAGCGAAAAGCAGCUGAAGCACCAAGUAGAUCAUCAAAAGGAACUCCUCUCUUGUAAAUCAGAGGAACUGCGGACAAUGUCUGAGCGUGUACACGAAAGCAUGUCUUCAGAGAUGCUGGCUCUUCAAAUUGAAUUGACAGAAACGGAGAGUAUGAAGGCCACCCUCAAAGAAGAACUGAAUGAACUACAGUACAGACAAGAACAGCUAGAACGUCUGAAUACUAACUUAAUGCGCCAGGUAGACCGGCUUAAAGAAGAAAAAGAAGAGCGAGAAAAAGAAGCAGUUUCUUACUGUAAUGCCCUAGAGAAAGCUCGUGUAGCAAAUCAAGAUCUUCAGGUGCAGUUGGACCAGGCCCUCCAACGAGACUUGGAUCCCAAUAGUAAAGGCAACUCUUUGUUUGCAGAGGUGGAAGAUCGAAGGGCUGCAAUGGAACGUCAGUUUAUCAGUAUGAAAAUCAAGUAUCAGUCGCUAAAGAAGCAAAAUGUAUUUAAUAGAGAACAGAUGCAAAGAAUGAAGUUACAAAUCGCCACAUUGCUACAAAUGAAAGGGUCUCAGACUGAAUUUGAGCAGCAAGAACGGCUGCUUGCCAUGUUGGAGCAGAAGAAUGGUGAAAUAAAACAUCUUUUAGGAGAAAUUAGAAAUCUGGAGAAAUUUAAGAAUUUGUAUGAAAAUGUGGAAUCUAAGCCUUCAGCCAGCUCUGGUGCUCUGGAAGAUAACACCUAUUAUACAGAUUUACUUCAGAUAAAACUUGAUAACUUAAACAAAGAAAACGAAAGCACUAAAGGUGAAUUGUCCAUACAGCGAAUGAAGGCAUUAUUUGAGAGCCAACGGGCUCUGGAUAUUGAACGAAAACUUUUUGAAAAUGAAAGAUGCCUCCAGCUUUCAGAAAGCGAAAAUAUGAAACUGAGAGCUAAACUAGAUGAAUUAAAACUGAAAUAUGAACCUGAAGAGACAGUUGAAGUACCUGUACUCAAAAAGAGGCGUGAGGUGCUGCCUGUGGAUAUAACCACCUCUAAAGAUGCAUGUGCCAGCAACAGUGCUAUUGGAGAAGUUGAUAGAUUACCACUUCAGAAAGAGGAGACACCGUCCUGUCCUAACAGUUUAGAAAAUAACAACUUGCAGUUAGAAAAAUCGAUUUCUAUAAACACACCACUAGUCAAUCUCUCUCCUCACAAAAAUCUGCCCAUGGAUACGCCACUGAAGAAGGAAAAGAAAUGUGUGAAACUCAUAGGAGUUCCAGCUGACUCCGAAGCCUUAAAUGAAAGAAGUGGAAACACCCCCAACUCUCCCAGGUUAGCUGCUGAAUCAAAGCGUCAAACAGAAGUUAAAGAAGGGAAAGAAACUGCAAGCAAAUUGGAACAGGAACUUUGUAAGAAAUCACACCCAAUUCUAUACGUCUCUUCCAAAUCAACUCCAGAGACCCAGUGCCCUCAACAGUAA